UUCUCCGCGCCGCAGCCGCAGCCCCUCCCAGUAGUCUCCUUUGUCGUGUGCCAUGGUGCUAGUGACUUUGUGCACCUCCAUAGUUUGCUCAAGGUCCCUUCUCUUUUGUACUCUUGUUUUCGUUGUUAGCCACUGAACCUCUUCAUCCUUGUUUUCAUUUUAGUGUUACUGUACGACGUCGUAAGCUGUGUGGUGGGAGAAGGUAGAGCGUUCAUAGAGAGGAGCUUUUUUGUUGGCUAGUUUGCUGCACCUCCAUCUUUGUUUCAAGUUUGUUGGGUUGGAGUCGCUUAAGACUGACUCGGUGAAUAUUGAAAGUAAAUUAUGGCCAGUAGGAGCAAUUUCAAAACUCCAAAGAAGGAUGGGAACACCUCAAAUUCGAGCUUUCCUUCUCUAGAAAAUAAUUAUGAAGGUGAACGUCUCACCAAUCUGCUCCAAUCAAUCCGUAGAGAGAUCCGAACUGCAAGAGAUUCAGAUGGAACUUCCUUGUCGGAGAAAAUAUGGUUAAAGCAACAAUUCUCUAUCGGGGUCAAUGAUGUAACUCGUGUCCUUGAGCGCAUGAAACCAUGCACUGAAUUAGAAAGCUCCGCUCAGCUCGUUCCUUUAAGAAGCAACAACAAUAAAACUCCUUCAGUUAAGCUUCAGGCUGUGCUUGUAGCUUCUGAUUGUAACCCACGAUGGCUGACGAAGCAUUUACAAAGUUUGGCUUCAUCAAGGAGUGUGCCCCUUAUCUUUGUUGGAGAUAAUAAACACGGUUCCUUCAGAUUAGGUGAACUUGUUCAACUAAAAACUGCCAUUGCUAUCGGAAUUAAGAUUAAAGACAGUAGCAUAAAUAAAAUUAUUGAGGAGGUUGUUCAAGGCUAUAGAUUUGAACCUCCACCGGACGAUCAAAAUUGAGCAAGAAUAUUUUUGAUGCGUGAAGGGGAUUUCCAAGACCCUUUCAAAAAUGUAAUAUUUUGGUACAGAUUUUAUAUAUUGGAUUUAUAACCAAUAGUAUUAGCCUCGCACUCUGAAGGUGUCGUUCUGCUUUUCUUACGUGGAAAUGGGGCUGAAAAUGCAUUUUUGAUUUUUUUCUUUUUUGAGCAUGAUAAUUUUCUUCAUAGUCCGAACACUUCUUCAGGAAAUCAGGGGUUAAAUCAUUCAA